AUGGUCAAGUUCUAUCUCAAGGUGUCGGCCACCCUCACCAACAUAGCCGAAUUGACCACAUUCGACACCCCACAAACUCCGUUCGAGUACAAGUUCAAGAUCGAGUGCACCGGAUGCAGAACAAUCCACGACAAGCCAGUCACCAUCAACAGAUUCGAGUCUCAUGAGCAGGCAGGCUCCAAGGGCGAAGCCAGCUUCGUUUUCAGGUGCAAGGAGUGCAAGAGAGAACAUUCGGCCAACAUCCUCAAAACGAACCAGUCGUUGAGCGAAGACUCUAAGUCGGCUGCUCUCUUGGAGAUCGAUGCCAGAGGCAUCGACUUCGUGGAGUUCAUUCCCGAUGGAAGAUUUGAGGCUGUGGGCCCUGAAUCCGGUACCAAGUUCGAGGAGAUCGACUUGGAGGAGAACGAAUGGUACGAUUUCGACGAAAAGGCAGGCGAAGAGGUCAGCAUCACCGAUGUCGAAUGGACCAUCUCCAGAUCGUAA